AUGGUGGUGGUUUUAGCCUUUUACUAUGUCUUGCUGCCGCGGCGGGGCGGCCCCCUGACCGACGCCGCCCUGACCGACACGCCGCUGACGGACGCCGCCCGUACCAUCCGCCGGCGCCGCGUCUCCUUCUCUCAAAGGGUUAUCAAUGAGAAGUUCACCACAAGGAUCACUGGUGAGCAAGUUAAGAAUCAUUUGAAAACAUGGCAGAAAAGGUAUGCAAAGAUAAAUAGAUUGAAGAAGUUGAGUGGUGCCCUCUUUGAUGAAGAAAACUGCAUGAUUACACUAGAUGAGGAGCACUACAACGGCCAUGUCCAGGAUCACAAGUCUGAUGCUGAGUACUUGAACAAGCCCCUCUUACACUAUAGAGAGAUGACGGCAAUAUUUGGCAAUACAAUGGCUACUGGAAAUUUUGCAAAAGACUCAAGUGCACCUCUAGGUAGAGAGGAUGAUGAGGGUGAAAGUCAAGAAGAGGGGGAUGAGGUUACUGGGCAUGGUCCAAGUGAGGGGCAUACCACUCAAGGGGCAACGUCUUCUGCUAGUAGACCUAGUAAGAAGUCCAAGAUAGCUGAAAUGGAGGAGGAUGGGCUGGUUGCCGCCUUCAAAAGUGUAGGUGAGAACCUUGCCGCUGCCAUAAAAAUGGUAGCUAAACCUGAUAAUGAGCUGCCACCUGACCUAUUUGAUGUCUUGAACCAACUUCCUAGUUUUAAUUCAGCACACAUAUCUUUCUACUAUGCUCAUUUGGUGAGCAAUCCUCACAUUGGCAAAGCUUUCUAUAACUUGCCAUUCGAGCACAAGUUAAAUUGGGUCACAAUGUUCAUCGCUGAGAAGUUCCCUGGAAUGUAAGAGUGAUUUCAAUGAGUAGGAUGUUUCUUUUGUUAAAACUUGAUCAUGAAUUAGUGUCUAAGCUCUGAAUUUAUAUUAUGUAAGCUUCAACUUGAUGGCUGAUAUUGUAUUGCCUUGAACUUGGUA